AUGAAGGUCCUCAUGGUUCUCGUCCUCGCUGUUUUCAUUGCAGGAUGUAAUGCCCACAUUGUGAGGCCAAACCAACCAAGCCACCAGGUCGACAUGAUGAAGGAGGCAUUCUGGGACUACGUUGCCAAGGCAACCAUGACGGCCGAUAGCUCCCUGCAACAGAUCAGACAGUCUGAGCUGGGAAAGGAAGUGAAUUCCCUCAUCUCUCAGAGCACCGAGGCCAUCAGUAAGUUCUCAGAGACUUGGCGGACUCAGGUGGCUCCUCUGACUCAGGACCUCAUGGAUCGUUUUACCCAGGAGUCCGAGCAGCUGAAGACCCGUCUGCAGAACGACCUGACCACUCUGAGCUCCAGCGUGCAGCCCUACGCCGAGGAACUCAUGACCAAGAUCCAGCAACAGGUGGAGGAGAUGAAGAAAGAAGUGACCCCCUAUGCCGAGUCCAUGGACCCCGAGGCCCUGAAGACCAUCCUGAUGCAGAAGAGCCAGGAGCUGAAGACGCAGAUGGAUCUGAAAAUGAGCGAGCUGCAGGCCCAGAUGGUCCCCUACACCGAGGAGAUGAAGCAGAAGAUGGACCAGAGUCUGGAGGAGUUUCAGAGGAGCAUGAUCCCCCUGGCCAUGAAUUUUGAGACCCAGUUCAACCAGAAGAGCCAGGAGAUCCAGCAGAGUCUGGCUCCUUAUGGAGAGGAGCUGAGGGCCAAGCUGGACUCUGAUGCCCAAAACCUGAAGCAGCAGCUGGACACUCUGUGGAAGUCCUUCUCCAAGAUGAUCCAGUAA